UCCUUCUCUGCUAGUCUUCCCUUCACUUCCGUUGAGCAUUGCAUCGCCGCUUGUCCCAGGCGGCUACCCGUACGCAUCCGAAUCUAGCCCGGGAACUAAGAGUCAGAGGAGCUGGAUUCGCGAGUUUGCUGAUUCCGGACGUCCUCGGGACCCGCAAGAUGUGCUCCUUGGGGUUGUUUCCUCCGCCGCCGCCUAGGGGUCAAGUCACCCUAUACGAGCACAAUAACGAGCUGGUGACAGGCAAUACCUAUGAGAGCCCGCCUCCUGACUUCCGGGGCCAGUGGAUCAAUCUUCCUAUCUUAAACCUGACGAAGGAUCCCCUGAAAACCCCUGGGAGGCUGGACCACGGCACAAGAACUGCAUUCAUCCAUCAUCGGGAACAAGUGUGGAAGAGAUGCAUCAAUAUUUGGCGUGAUAUGGGCCUAUUUGGGGUGCUGAAUGAAAUUGCAAACUCAGAGGAGGAGGUGUUUGAAUGGGUGAAGACGGCGUCCAGCUGGGCUCUGGCACUCUGUCGAUGGGCGUCCUCCCUCCAUGGGUCCCUGUUCCCCCAUCUGUCUCUCAGGAGUGAAGAUCUGAUUGCUGAGUUUGCCCAAGUCACAAAUUGGUCCAGCUGCUGCUUGCGGGUCUUUGCAUGGCACCCUCAUACCAACAAGUUUGCAGUGGCCCUGCUAGAUGACUCAAUCCGUGUAUAUAACGCCAACAGUACUAUAGUCCCCUCUCUGAAGCACCGGCUGCAGCGAAAUGUGGCAGCUCUGGCCUGGAAGCCCCUCAGUGCCUCUGUCUUGGCUGUGGCCUGCCAGAGCUGCAUUCUCAUCUGGACCCUGGACCCCACCUCCUUGUCUACCAGCCGUGCUAGGGGUGGUGAAGGAAAGGGGCGCGUUGGAGGUGCGAAAUCAGCAACGAUUGUGGCAGACCUGUCUGAGACAACAAUACAGACGCCAGAUGGAGAGGAAAGACUUGGGGGAGAGGCUCACUCCAUGGCCUGGGACCCCAGCGGGGAGCGUCUGGCUGUGCUCAUGAAAGGAAAUCCACGGGUCCAGGAUGGUAAGCCAGUCAUCCUCCUUUUUCGCACUCGAAACAGCCCCGUGUUUGAAUUACUUCCUUGUGGUAUUAUCCAGGGGGAGCCAGAAGCCCAGGCCCAGCUCAUCACUUUCCAUCCUUCCUUCAACAAAGGGGCUCUGCUCAGUGUGUGCUGGUCCACCGGCCGAAUUGCCCACAUCCCUCUGUACUUUGUCAAUGUCCAGUUUCCACGUUUUAGCCCAGUGCUUGGCCGAACCCAAGAGCCCCCUAUUGGGGGCGGAGGUUCUCUUCAUGAUCUGCCCCUCUUUACUGAGACAUCCCCAACCUCUGCUCCUUGGGACCCUCUGCCAGGGCCACCGUCUCACUCCCACUUCUAAUAAUAAAAAAUUUCAUUCUUUGUCUUCCA